CGGCGGUCCGUGCGGGCUGCCCGUUGUUUGGAUCAAUCAUCGUUGGGAAGGGAGAUUUUCCAGUUGGUCUCCAGGCUCUAGCUCGCCGCUAUUCGAACCAAGACAGCGAAGGUUCGGCGACUAUUUCCCUGUGGCUUGCGCCGCCGUCCAGCUAGUGAUAGGAAGCAAGCCAAAGAGUCUCCUGUCUCCAGUCCCCAGCGAGCGAACAACGCCCGGGGAAAUCACGACUGGGAACCGUGGUCUGUCAGUGUUCGCGGGUGCUGAGUAAGUGAGCACGCGAUUUAUUAAAGAAGCAGGGCCGCCGCCAACUGAACGACAACCUUCAAGCACAGGGAUCCUUGCAAACGAAAGUCCCGGUUCACCCGCAAUUCGUGACAGACGAUCUUGCAGCUGCAGGGGUCUGUAACAUGCAGAUUUGCCCAGUCGACUCUUGUCUCUGACUCCGCAACGGAUUGGGCCCAAGGGAAAAUCCUUGUCUCCAUAUCCCCCUGAACGGCAUACGCAGCUUUGAUGUCGGAUUAAUGCUGUUAUCUUUGUUUCUCCAUCAUUUUCAAAUCCUGAGCCAUGGCUAUGGACAGGGCGCGAGACGCUCUCGCGCGCUUCCGGUUCCACCGGCCGAGUCCUGAAGCUCUGGACCGGGCCAUGAAAGACACCGCGUGGGCAGAUGGCCUGCGAGGCAUCGCUGCUGUUAUGGUCGUGUCGUCCCAUCUGGUUCUUUGUUACGCUAGAGGAAUAGUGCCUCCAUGUUGCGCACCGAACAGCACCAGUCCAUACUUGUUCCAAAUGCCCAUCUUUCGCGUGGUCGCCAAUGGCCAUUCCUGGGUGGCCUUGUUCUUCAUCCUCAUGGGUUUCGUCAAUUCAUUGAAACCCCUCCAGCUUGCCAGGUCGGGACAGAUUGACAAAGCCCUCAGCAAGCUGGCCUCAUCCUCGUUCAGUCGGAUUUUCCGCCUGGUUCUGCCCGCCAGCGCGGCCACCAUCGUCGCUUGGUUGAUAUGCAACCUCGGACUCAAUGGAGUCUCGGCGGCCAGUGAUGCAUUCUGGCUCAACACAACCACUCCCGUUCCGAGUGAUGGCUGGCAACAAGCCAUCAAGGACCUCUUGUCCGCUCUUCGCGGGACUUGGGUCUACUGGGGCCAGAAUCCCUACGACCAGCCUCAAUGGGCGCUGGUCUAUCUACUGCAAGGAAGUGUCAUGGUCAUCAGUGCUUUGUCUUUGGUCAUAUCUAUGACACCCCUGUGGCGGACAGUGACAUUGUUCAUACUUACCUUUUGGUCGUUGAAUUGGAGCCGAAUCAUCGGUGAUCCUUUUGCCGGCUUGUGUUGUUUUGCAGGAAUCCUCCUGGGGGAGAUGAGUCUCUCUAAUAUUCCAAAGGCAGCAUCCGCUGCUUCGUGCUUCAUUUCGCCACCCUUGAUUUUCCUUGCACUUUUUCUCAUGUCCUAUCCUGGAUCUUGGUACCAGAAUGCUACAUGGUCCACUUGGUUACACGACGUGGCCAUCGCAUAUGUCCCCGCGGACAUUGCCCACGCAGUCGACCGGGUGUAUGGGUCUGUGGGAGGUAUUUUGCUGGUCGUGGGAAUCAUCAUCUCCCCUCAUGCUCGCUGGCUUCUCAGUCGUCGGCCGCUGCAAUGGCUUGGAAAGGUCAGCUUCGCCAUCUACCUGCUCCAUGGGCCCCUGAUGCGGACUGUCUUUGCCUGGGUUUUACAUGCCGGUCACCAGAAGCAGCGAAUUCCACAGUAUGACCCGCAAGGGACCGAAUAUUAUGUCGAGCGCUAUCCUGUUCCGGGCUCCCUACAGUGUGCUUUGGCGACGGUGGCCCUGGCGAUUUGCGUUGCCGCGGCGAGCCAUGUGUGGAAUCUCAAGGUUGAGCCAGUGUUUGCCAAAAUCACCACCAGACUGGAAGGUCUGGUGACGGGGAAAUAUUAUAUCGAAGUCAAAUCUCUGGAGAAGAACGUUUUGCCGUUACGAAAAGACUGAAGUGGAGGGGCAAGCGGUAUAAGAAGAGGUCAAACAGGGCUAUAUGGGCAUUCCCUAAGUCGCGAUGCACCUCGGAUGGCCCUACCAUGCAUCAACCCUUCGACGAGUUGUAUACGACGAGCACAACAGGACCAGAUCUUCACUAUAUCAACUACGUUGUCUUGUCCAUUUGCACAUAUACGAUCCCGGCCUGGUGCCCUCCUAUCACGAAGAUCUCCGGCGUCCGAACUCAUCGUUGGUCCUGCGGUGUCGUUACAAGUAACCUUGCACCGAGUCCAUUGACAGUCGGCUUAUCGUCAGGCGCAUGUCGAAACAGCAUGGGACGACUGUUGCUACGGUGCAUGAUGGAUGCCGGAGAACCUAACGUCAAAACCAUGACUCUUUGUCCGAAGACCAGGAUACUCAGGCGAUCCUUGACCUCUUCGAUAUCAAUGUCACUUCUAGACUUGAAUAUGCCGCAUCAAAUAUAAAGCCAUCUUACUUAGGCAUUAAUAUGUAAACAAAUAUGAAAUCUAUCUCUAUGUAGUAUAAUGAAAUUACAAUAUACAUCUCAUGCACCA